AUACCUUAAUACGGUUUGAUCAUUAUUCACCUAGUUAUUUCACCUGCAAGUAUUUUUUUAUUGUAUUAUUUCCUAUAGUGUACACAAAAAAUGUAUUCCAGAAAGUUAUUGUGUAAUAUUGCUAUUGGUCUAUUGAUUAUGGGAAUUGUAAUGGGCGAGGUGGACGCGCGACGUAAAAUUUUGAAAGGUAGAAAAACAAUUACAAGAAAUUACUACUGGGGAACAGCAAUACCAGCAUGGACAAUAGUACUCCUGAUAGGAAUCGGUAUGCUGCUUGCUGGUGGUGGACUAUACGUCUUAUUACAAAAAUUCGUGAUUGAUAAUGCUGAUACUGGAGAAAGGCAUUCAUAUCAACCUACAUUACAAAGUGAAACUUCACCUUAAAUAUUUUAUAUUAAAUGCACACACAUUGGAUCACUCUUUAUACCUUGACAUGAACAUAGAUUAUAUUAAAACAUUUUUGUAGAAAAAA